AUGCUUCGCGCUCCCGUCGCGCCUCGUCCGAGGAAGAGGUCGAGGCCGGUGGAGGCCGGCGUUCCCAAGUGUGCCGAGGCAAAGUUUGAGGAUGUCAGAAUAUUCCUGGUGGAGAGGAAAAUGGGCAGCAGCAGGAGGAGUUUUCUGACCCAGCUGGCCCGGUCAAAGGGCUUUACUGUGGAAGACGUCCUCAGCGAUGCGGUCACUCACGUGGUGUCGGAGGAUAUCCGGGCUUCCUCCCUCUGGACGUGGUUAAAAAGUCGUGCUCCACCAAAUCUAUCCACGAUUCGUGUGUUAAACAUUGGCUGGUUCACGGACAGCAUGAGAGAGGGACGACCCGUCGCCGUGGAAACCAGACACCUCAUUCAGGACGUCUCACCAGAAGUUUCUCCGCCGACUCCCGUGACCACGGUUUCUCAAUACGCCUGCCAGAGAAGGACGACCACGGAAAACCGCAACAAAGUGUUCACAGAUGCAUUUGAAGUGCUGGUGGAGAAGUACGAGUUCAGCGACAUGGAGGGACCCAGCCUGGCCUUCAGGAGAGCAGCGUCAGUGCUGAAGAGUCUGCCCUGGGAGGUGCGGAGUCUGCAGGCGACGCAGCACCUGCCCUGCCUGGGGGAACACACCAAAGCUGUGAUGGAGGAUAUCCUUCAACACGGUCGGUCGUUUGAAGUCGAGAGAAUACUCUCGGAUGAAAAGUAUCAAACUCUGAAGCUGCUCACAAGUGUGUUUGGGGUUGGACCCAAGACAGCGGAGAAGUGGCAGCGGAGAGGGCUGCGCUCGCUCAGCGACGUCCUGGCGGAGCCGGGAAUACAGCUCAACCGGAUGCAGCAAAGUGGAUUCCUGCAUUAUGGAGACAUCUCCAGGGCUGUCAGCAGAGCAGAGGCGCGGGCCCUGGGGAGCAUUAUUGACGAGGCUGCCCAUGCAAUCACGCCGGAUGCCGUACUGGCCCUGACAGGUGGCUUUCGCAGGGGGAAGGAGUUUGGCCAUGACGUCGACUUCAUAGUCACCACACCACAGCUGGGGAAGGAAGGGAAUCUACUCAGUGACGUGAUUGAUGUCCUCAAAAGACAAGGCAUUCUUCUCUUCUGCGACCAUCAGGCCUCCACCUUUGACAUGUCGAAGCUUCCGAGCCACAGGUUUGAGGCUAUGGACCACUUUGCCAAGUGUUUCCUGAUCUUGCGGCUGGAGGGCAGACACGUGGACGGAGGUCUCCACAGCGACGAGGGAGACAGUCGGGGCUGGAGAGCUGUACGCGUGGACCUGGUGUCGCCGCCGAUGGACCGUUACGCCUUCGCUCUUCUCGGCUGGACUGGAUCCAGGCAGUUUGAGAGAGACUUAAGAAGGUUUGCUCGAUUAGAGCGGGGGAUGCUGCUGGACAACCACGCCUUGUUUGACAAGACCAAGAAGGAGUUCCUGGCAGCUACGACUGAAAGGGACAUCUUUGACCAUCUGGGUCUGGAGUACAUGGAGCCCUGGCAGAGAAACGCGUAGGCCUCCCCUCCUCCCUGGAC